AUGGACGCAUUUGCCAAGCAAGGUCUGGCGCUGCAUGUGCUGCCGCGCUUGCUAGACAAUCAAGUCCGGCAGUUGCAAGACGAGGAAAACUCCGGCCUCAGGUCUGGCAUCCGAAAGCCCUGCAAAGACCAUGCUAACUGCAUCGCGCGACUUCCCAGCUGGCUCCAGUGUGAAAGCAGCAGCACAGGCAGACGUUUAGUCUUGGACUGCAACACAAUCAGCGAGGGGGAUCUCCUCCUGUCGGAGGACUUUGCUCAAGGCUUCUUGGUCGCCUUCGACAUGCUGGCCUGCUACAGCACGUGGCAGCGCAGUGGGCGAUUGCAGAUACAUACGGCAACCGUGCUCAGGGAGUUCUUACAGCCACGCUGGUGGAUGGAGGACAAA